AUGGCCAGUGGCAAGUUGGCCGAGUUUGUGGCUUUGUUUCGGCAGCAGACGGGGCUGUCCCCAACAGCUCAGGAGCAGUGGCAGCGCCAAUUGGCUCUUUGGACGCUGUUUGGAGGCGCCAAGACGAACGAGUUUAUUCUCGUUAACCAGUCGACUGCCGGUCGCGACAAACUCUACCGUGUUCUGCAGUAUCUCGCCCGCAAUGCUCCCCGGUAUCUCGCGCCACUCACCACUGCCUUGAAUCCGGUAACACUCGAUGCUCGUGCAGUGAUGCGACUCUUUCGCUCCAUCGACUUUGUCCAGAUUGCUGAACGUCAAUAUCAUGCCAACAGCAAAGAUCGUUUCCUUCAGAUAAUGGUGCCCUUGGACAACCUCAACAAAGCCCUGCGCAUGACCUUUGACCACGUGCAGUGGGCGGCCGGGGUCGGCCUCGUGGGUGCCACCCCCAUGGCCGCCAAGGGCUUGGCCAGUCGCCUUGGGCGUUGGGCCAAUCUCUUUUGGCUCCUGGGCUUGGUCACUGCCGUAGCAGUCGACGUGUAUCGCCUUCAAGGCCUGGCUCUCGCCCAAAAAACAGUGCGACGCCAACUGCGCGAAGGCUGCGCCACCCGCUCGCCGGAUGAGCUGCAGCAAGAGGCCAAGCGACUGCGCGCCCAAAGACGCGCCAUGCUCUUGGAGCUGGUGCGUGAUUUGACAGACCUGCCCGUGCCUGCCUACGGCCUCGAUCUCUUGCCUGCCAAGACCGACACAGCGGUUGCCCUGGGUGGCACCAUCGCCUCAAUCAUUGGCCUCUAUCAA